AUGAACGUAGAGGAGAGACCUGGAACAUCAUUUACGUCAAAGAGACAGGUUUAAACUGAAUAAAGAAAACGAUAAUAAAUGAAUUUAGGUACUUUGGAGACUGAGGAUAAAAGUGUAAGAGUAGUGGUGCUUAUUAUAGACAGGAAUGAAAAUUAGGCCAAUUACUCAAGAUCAAUAGAGAAACAGUUUGUAAUAGAAGAGAUAGAAGAUGAUUCCAUAGGCAAUUUUAUAUGACCGAGAAUCUUUAUAUGAAGAAGUUAUAAAUGCAAAAUAAAUAAAUAACAAUCUAUAAAGAGAGAACUAAGCUCUGAAUACAAAGAUUAAAAUGAUGGAUGUAAAAUUAAUUAAGACUUAUAGGAAGAAUUGCAAAGAAUAGUUAGAGCAACUCCAAUAAGUGAGCAAAUGAUCAACCCUAUGGAGUCAUUUUAUUAGGAUAAUAAACCUAUGAAAUAACAUUUAAUUAUGGAUUUAAAGAAAUAAUUAAGGAGAUUGCAAGAAGAAUCAAUCAAGAAGGAUUAAUAAAUACAAUUUCUGUAAAAAAAUACAAAAGCAAUGAAAAUUAAAGAAUUGGAAAUUGAAUUGUUAUCUUAUUAAUAAGAAGCACAAAGAUUGAAAGCUUUGAUUGGAAUGAAAUUUAGUGAUUCCGAUAAUGAUUUCCUGAAACUUAAAGCUGAAUAUAAAUUAUUAGAGGAUGAACUGAAAUUAUUAAAAGUUAAAUGCAAAGAAUCUGAUUCAAAAGCUACCAUGUAUUAUAAUGAAAAACUUAAAAAGGAUAAAUUAAAUCAAUAUUUGAAAAGUUAGAUAGAAAGUUUAAAAUUUAAAGAUCCAGAAUAUAAGAAAUAAAACAAAAUUACUGAGAAUGAAUAAUAAUUAAAAUAAGAUAUUGAGUACUAAUCAUCCUUAUAUUGCUAGUUAAAAAUAAGUGUAAAUAGACACUUUGAUAAGUAGUUUGAAGGCUAAGGAUGCUCAAUAUGCAGAGUUAGAUAAAAGAAUGAAAGAACUAGAAAGAGAAUAAUAAUAGAUAAUUGAUCAAUUAGAGAGAGAAAGGUAAUAAUUACGUGAAUAAUGUAAUUCAUUAAAGGAAGAAGUUGCUAUGUAAUCAGGAAGAAGGUAAAAAAUCGUUUUGAUUAUUUUAUAGAAGAACUGUUUAAAAUAAUAGUUUCUUAGAAAAUAAACUUGAAAUUCUUCCUGAGGGUCCUGAAAUAAUAGAUUAAAAAAAAAAACUAUUGCCUUGUGUUACUAAGGAUGAUGUAAGUUUGAUAUGUAAAUAAAUAAAAUUCAAAUUAAAAGCGAUGAAAGUACCUUUUGAAAAGAUUGAUAAUGUAUUUAUAGAUUGUUAAAUUAGUUUAUUCAUGGGGAUGUUCAUUCUGUAAUUAGAAUUGAAGAAUUGAAUGAAAUGUUAUAAGCUGAACCAUUUUUAUUAAAUGAAAUUGAUAGUCUUAAAGUUGCUAGAUAUUUAAUUGAGGAUAAUGAUGAAAGAUUUGUAGAGUUUAGUAUGUUAACUGAAGGUCUUAUAGCAAGAGCCAAGAGUAUAUUGAAAAAUUUAAUUGGUAAAUACUCUCUUUUGGAAGUAAACUUAUUGAAUUAAUAUUUUAGAAAAAUGAAGAAGAUUAACUUUUUUAUGAGAUUGCAACUGUUUUAUCUAAAUAUAGAAAUUCUUUAGAAGAUUUUAUUUUGAGAUCAAAAAAGAGAUAAGAGUUUUGUUCUGUUGAAGAUCUUGAAGAAGCUCUUAAAUUUGUUGAAUAAACAUUUAAUUCUACUUAAUAUGAGUUUAUGUUAUUGAAGAAUUAUGAAUUAACACAAGAAUUAAUUCGUAUUAAUUACAAAAAAAUAUUUGAAUUAUUUUAUAUUGGUAAAGAUUAAAUUUAAUAUUUUUAAUAGAUUUACAAGUGGCUUAAAAAACUAAAAGUGAAAGUGAUUUACCAAAAGAGAAAGAAUAAUAAAAACAGUCUACAAAUUUAGAAUAAUAGAAUUAAAACAAUAACGAUUUUUAAAUUAAAUAACAAUAAAAAUAAAAAUAAGAAGAGCUUAUAUAAUAAUAAUUAAAAAAAUAAAAAGAGGAAGAAGAGUAAAGAAGAUUAUAAUAAUUGUAAGAAGAGUAAGAAAGAUAAAGGUAAUUAGAAUUGGAAAAAGAGGAAGAAGAAUAAAGAAGAUUAGAAUAAUAAUGGAAAGAAGAAGAAGAGGAAAGAAAGAGGUAAGAAGAAGAAGAAAGAAUUAAAUAAGAAAAUGAAGCAAAGAUGUAAAAAUAAUUAGAAGAAAUGAGAAAACAAGAAGAAGAAGAGAAAUUGAGAAAACAAUAAGAAUAAUUAAGACAACAAGAAUUAUUAAGAUUAUAAAAGGAAGAAGAAGAAAAAUUGAGAAAAUUAAGAGAAUAAUAAGAGGAAGAAGAGAGAAUAUUAUAAUAAGAGCAAUUAAAUAAAUAGAGAUUAGAAGAGGAAUAAAAUAGAUUAGAUUAAGAAUAUGAAUAAUAGGAUGAGUAUGAAAAUGAAUAGAAUGAAUAAGAUAAUUUUGAUGAAUAUAAUGAUUAAUAGUUUGACUAAUAGUAAUCAGAAAAUUAAAUUAGUGAGCCAUAAAACAAGAGUUAGAAAGAAUAUGAAGAUGAGGAUUUUGAAUAAUGA